AUGCCGUGUCCUCUCUCCCACCCUCUGCGUGGUUGCACCUGCCGUGCCUAUGAAACUUUUGGUUGCUGUGUUGGCGUCGAUAGUCUUCCAGAGGCUUUUCCAGGUCUGCUGGUUGUUCAUGCUGUUACUGGCAAGUUUGGAGAGAGCGUUUUGGAGCGGGCAGACGAAGAGGAGGAGAAAAAAUCGAUUCAAACCAAAGCAAAGGAAAAAAAAGGAGCUUCUCAUGCCAUCACCAAAAGUAUUGCUAAUUCAGAUACAGGCACUGCUGUGGAACAACACAAGAAAAAGAAGGUGGCUGAUGAAAUGGUAAACAGAAGAACAGUGUUUGUUGGAAACUUGCCUGUCAGCUGUACUGCUCAGAUCCUGAAAUCUCUUUUUAAAGAGUAUGGACAAAUAAAAUCCAUUCGAUUCCGGUCUUUGGUUCCAGCAGAAGAUACUUUAUCCAAAAAGAUAGCAGCAAUAAAGCAUAAAGUGCACCCUAAUGCGAAGUUCGUCAAUGCUUAUGUUGUAUUUAAGGAAGAAUGCGAUGCCAUUAAGGCUCUAAAAGAAAAUGGAAAAGAAAUUGCUAGUGGAUUUCACAUCAGAGUUGACAUUGCAUCAAAAAUGAGUUCGCAUGACAAUAAACGAUCUGUAUUCUUGGGAAAUCUCUCAUACGACAUCAGUGACGAUGCUGUGCGAGAACACUUUAUUGUCUGUGGAGGUGUAGUAGCAGUGCGAAUUGUGAGAGACAGAAACACCGGCUUGGGUAAAGGCUUUGGCUACGUUCUGUUUGAGAAUACGGAUGCUGUACAUCUUGCUCUGAAACUCAAUGACUCCCUUCUGAUGGGAAGAAAGGUACGAGUGAAGCGCUGUGGAGAGAAGUGGAAAGCACCACAGAAAAGUCCAUCUCAGUCUCGUGCUCCUAAGGACAGAGUUAAUACCACAUUAAAAAACAAGUGCUCUAAUGAUUCAUUUGUUGGUGAAAAAGCAACCCCGUUAAAGAAGAGCACUAAACAAAAAAGCCUAAAAACCCUUCCUAGAAAUAAAGCUGGGAAAAACAAACAGUCUUCUGAUAAAAAUCGAAUGUAUACAAAUGUUCAUUAUUGUUAUAAAGACUAA